AUGACUACAGUGCCGCUAACAUCCAUUGCCUCCUGGGAUGAAGCAUUUGUCAACUAUUCGGUCCCAGAAAUCAGAAUCCUCAAUGAUGACCUGCGUGCUCUCGCAGCUGCAAAAAAGACACAGCUCCGCGACCUGGUCGGAAACAGGUACCGUGAUAUGCUAAAAACAGCAGACAUCAUCGUGUCCAUGGAUUCGGUUGUCGCGCAAACUGACACCGCGCUUUCGGGUCUCGUAACUCACGGAGGAAGCUCGUCUAUGGCAUGGGAAGCACAUGAACGUUGUUUUUCGCGCUUUGUUGACGCAAUAGUACCCGGAGGAGACUUGACCAUACGUAACAAUAACAACAAAUCGGGUUCUAUCCCAAGUCACGGUGCACGUCGCCAACAUCUUCAAGAUACCGCUGCUUCUCAGUUAUUAGCGGCCUCACUUUCAUUCAUAAAGCGCAGACUCAAUUCGCCAGAUCUUGGUUCAGAUGAUCACGGGUUUCUUGUCAUUGCUCGAAGCUUAGGUCUCGCGCAAAUGCUCAGCAAUAAGACCACCAAUCCCGAACUGCGACGCUUACACGCCCAAUUCGACGAAAUUCUCACUGCGUUAUUACUUGAUGGCCGUGGCUCCAGCGAUGUUGUUUCUUCAUCCACAUCAAAUACUCUGUUUUUGGCCUAUGCUCAUUUACACAGACUUGCACCAGCAGUUGUGCUCGAGCGUGUUUUAAAAGCCCGCUUAAAGUAUAUUGAAACUAAGCUUCGCGACUCUCCAGCUCCAACAAUCCUCCCGACUCUUUUGACUCUUGUUGCAUCAACUAUUGCCAUUGCUCAGCGUGCAUUUUCUAAAAACUCAGUUCCUCACGCAAUUCAAAAACAAACAGAUGUUUAUGCUCUUCUUGACGUCCCAGAACUUGCCGACGACAUUGAGCUCAAACUACCCAAGUACCGCGCUUGGUUACCUGAUGCUGUUCGCUCCGAGCGUGCUUUCCCAGAAGAGUGUCUUGAAGGAAUCACUCGGUCAACUAAAACUGCUCAGUAUCUUAAAAACCAGCUACACCAGUUUGCCAAUGGUGCUGUCGAAAUUUUUGAAAACCACGUCCCUAAACUUGUCUCCAACGUUUCUUCUCUCGAGUCUCUUGUAGAUCUCUACAAGUCUGUAUUUGAAGCAGCCCGUGAUACUGCAAGCAUCCGCAAUCUUUCAAGCACAGAUGGCAAGUCCUUUUACCGAGACGUUUUUGUUCCUGCUUGGACAAGCUCAUUCCACUCGGCAAUUGAAGCAGCUAUCACACAACUCCUUGCCCAAGAACCAGCACUUAGAUCCAUUCACUCAAAGCUUUUGAGAAGCGCAGACAAACAAAAUGCAACAAGUGUACAUACAGACUCACUUUUUUCUGCAGAUUUUGCGGCAGAUUUACUUGCCAGUCACCGCGGCUACGCAUAUGCAGAAUCGCUUUUCGGCGCUCUUGAAGAUUAUGCUUCAGGCUCACGAGGACUCAUUCGACCAGUCGCCCACGAGUAUCGCGACUGGCUGGCUACUGUGUCGGCAACCAAAGACCAUGUCGAUGCAUUUGGCAAACUCAAAACACACCUUGCACUGUCGUUUGGAAUAGACCUCGAUGGCGGGGUUGACGAUUUUGAUGAUGAUGACAUGGGUGACGCGUGGCGGACAGACGAGCGCGAAAGCAUAACAAAAAUUCACGAGGCUGCUGCGCGUCAUGUUGCGCAAACACUUGCUGCAGUCCAUGAGGACAUGCUGUCUGAAGUGCGCUCGCUCCUAUCAAAAACUGGGCCAUGUGUUGGUGCCAUUUUGGUCCUCAUUCGAUCUACGCUACUUUUUGCCCGUGACUUUGAAACUGUUCCAGAUACGGACGCGUCUGCAGUUUCUGCCCGGCACAAGGCUGUUGAUGAACUGUCACUUGAAUUGUUUGUGCAUUUGGCAAAUGCGCUUGCUUCAAAGUCCCAAGUUCCAGCCUUAAAAGUCAAAGAGCACAUCAUGGCCGACUCCGGGCUUUGGGCAGACCCCAGUGUGCCUGAUGGCCCGUCGUUAGGAACACUGCGGUACCUGACCGAGCUUGUUGAUAGAAUCAGUGGAGAUGUUGGGCGUGAUGCGCUUGUUUGGGGUCAUGAGGAAGGCGCCAAGGUUGUUCGAAAGGCCGUUGGUGAAGCCAUCUUGGAACGACUACAGGAGGUUUACGAGGAGAUUCAAAAGGUUAAAGAAGAGCCCAAAGAAGAAACCCAGGAGGAACCCAAAGAAGGACCCAAAGAGGAACCCCAGGAGGAAUCCAAAGAGGAAUCCAAAGAGGAAUCCAAAGAGGAAUCCAAAGAGGAAUCCAAAGAGGAAUCUAAAGAGGAGCACAAAGAAGAACCUAAAACAGAAUCUCAAGAGCCUGAAUCUCAAGAAUCAGAAUCGACUAAAUCUGAGAGCAAAGAAUCAGAAACUUUGGCUGAGACCUCGGAGCCUUCUUCUUCUUCUUCUUCUUCCUUCUCGCAAAAUUUCUUGGAACAACGAACUCAAGCUUUACUCCAACUUACAGCAGAUACAUAUUAUGUAGCUGCACUGUUUGACAUACCAGCCGAUUCAGGAACGGCGGCCGCGUGUCUUGCUGCCUUAGCACAAGACGCCCGUGCCGGGCCCGGGGUCUCCACAAACAUCACCGACAUAGCUCGCUACGCGCAUGAACAAGUGACCCGUACAAGGGUCCUGUACCUGCCUCUUGCUCUGUAA